AGAUUAGUCCUGCUCCGUGGCCACACUAAAUAGCAGAUUUUCUCAGUUGCUGUAAUAUCUUCAAAAUAGUUUGAGUAUUAAUGUGUUGAAGUUAAAAUUAAAAAAUAGAAAUGGAAUUCUUCCAAAAUGAUGGCCAGGAACCCAACUCUGUUGAACAAAAGCAGUGGGAUGUGUUUGUGGAAACUCCCGUCGAAGAAGAUGAUCUCACCGAGACUUCCAAAUGGGUAGAUUUGAUUAUGAAGAUCAUGAAAGUCAUCACCUACAUCAUCACUCUAACCAUCGUUCUCUCCUCGGCUGUUGUGUCAAAGGUUACCCUCUUGUUUAUGACUUCACACGUGAAAGAAGAACGCACAGUCCAGGUUUGCAAGAAGGGGCUAAAUCUAGAACGGGGCAAAUAUUACCAAGCAGCCAUACCAGAUGAAGAAAGAGUAGCAUGGAUAUGGACCCUAUUUUUUUCACUCAUAAUUCCAGAAAUUUUAACACUUUUUAGAAGUUCAAGAAUUUGCAUCUUCAAAUCUCACAAAAAGCCUACUCUUAGAACAUUCUUUACUGUCUUCAUCACUGAGUCACUGCACGUUCUAGGCCUUGUACUUCUAGUUUUUGUUGUUCUACCUGACUUGGACGUCGUGAAAGCAGUUAUGCUGACAAAUUGCGUUUGUUUCAUGCCUGGGUUAUUUGGAUUAUUAUCACGCCAUAAUACUGAAGAGAGGCGACCACUUAAAAUAUUUUUUGAUAUAUUUUCAUUAGUAGCACAAGCAACUGGUUUCGUAGUAUGGCCUUUGGUAUCUAAUAAUACUCGAUGUUGGGCAAUCCCUCCAGCUAUUAUCUUAGUAUUCAUUAACUGUUGGGAGAAUUACACUGACAAGCGGUCACCAAUAUAUUUGAUGAAAAUACUAGCUGAUGCAAAGGAUGACUUGCAGAAUAGUAGAUAUUUCACAUAUGUCUUUAUUUCAGUUUGGAAAAUGUUGUUAAUAUUUUGUAGCAUGUUGGUCUUUCUACUGAUGAACAUGAACGAUGUGACGUCACUCUUUCGAGGAUUUAAGGUUAGUUUUCAAAACCAUUCCAUUAUAAAUGAUCAAAUUAGGAAUUCUGCCGCAUUAACCGAGUCGCCAGCAACAACAUUGCAUCUGGACUAUCCAACUGAGAUAUCAUCGAGUGCAAUGACUCCCAUUUAUGUUCUUCUUGUACAUGUAUUUGCUUCGCGACUUUGUUAUAUAUGCGGCAAAUUUACUUGUAAAAUAUGCAUUCAAGGGUUCAGUUUUGCUUUUCCUAUUAGUCUAACAAUCCCUGUUUGUGUGUCCGCUCUUAUUGCAUUUUGUGGAGUUCAAACAGAGGAAGUUUGUUUCUUCGAAAAACUUUUUCCAGAGCACUCCUUUUUUUGGACCUGUCCUGAGGGUGAGGUUUUUGCAGAUUUUGUUUCUAAACAGUAUGCAUGGAUGUGGUUAUUUUGGCUGUUGUCACAAACGUGGAUAGUUGUGCACAUCUGGACACCAAAAUGUGAAAGAUUGGCAUCAACUGAGAAACUUUUUAUAAAUCCAAUGUAUGUGAGUGCUUUGAUUGAUCAAUCUCUGGCUUUAAAUCGAAGGCGAGACGAUGAAGCUGAAAUCAAAAGCGAAGAUCUUGACGACUUAGAAAAGGAGGAGACCCAAAUGGCAGAAGUUUAUAAAACAGAACCUUCACAUGUCGAUAUACAACAGCAUGUGUCAUCUCAAAACGCUAGAAAUGCAAACAACAUAACAAGGAUUUAUGCAUGCGCAACUAUGUGGCACGAGACAGGAGAAGAAAUGUUUAAGAUGUUGAAGUCCGUAAUGAGAAUGGAUGAAGAUCAGUGUGCACGAAAAAAUGCCCAAAAAUUCCUUGCUGUUGUGGACCCAGAUUAUUACGAGUUUCAAGGAAAAACUUAUUCAGUAUCUAUUUUCAGCAAUGUGCAUCAAGUCAAUAUGAAAUUGAAACCUCCUAGAAAAACCCCAACUCCAUACGGUGGUCGUUUACUUUGGAUAAUGCCUGGAAGAAACAAGUUGAUUGCACACCUGAAGAAUAAAGAAAAGAUACGUCACAAAAAACGGUGGAGUCAGGUGAUGUACAUGUACUACCUUCUUGGCCACAAACUUAUGGAGUGUUCCUUUACGGUUGAACAAAAAGACAAACGAGCAGAAAACACCUACAUUCUUGCUCUAGACGGCGAUAUCAACUUCCGGGCUGACGCUGUACGACUUUUAGUUGAUCUAAUGAAAAAGAAUAAAACACUUGGAGCUGCAUGUGGCCGUAUUCAUCCAGUAGGGUCAGGUGCUAUGGUUUUAUAUCAGAAAUUCGAAUAUGCCAUUGGUCAUUGGCUCCAGAAAGCUACUGAACAUAUGAUUGGAUGCGUCCUUUGCAGUCCUGGGUGUUUCUCACUGUUUCGUGUAAAAGCUUUGAUGGAUGACAAUGUGAUGAGAAAGUACGCCACGAAAUCUGAAGAACCUAUACACUACGUACAGUACGAUCAAGGAGAAGACCGUUGGCUAUGCACGCUUCUACUUAAACGUGGCUACAGGGUUGAGUACAGUGCUGCCUCAGAUGCCUACACUCAUUGCCCAGAAAGUUUUGGUGAGUUCUUCACACAACGACGUCGCUGGGCUCCAUCGACAAUGGCAAACAUCAUGGACCUUUUGAGUGACUACAAAAAAACUGUGGCCAUUAAUGACAACAUAUCUUUCCUUUAUAUUUUGUACCAAGGAAUGCUGAUGAUUGGUACAGUUCUUGGUCCUGGAACUAUCUUCCUCAUGUUACUUGGAUCCAUGGUAGCUGCCUUCAGAAUCGAUAAUUGGACUUCAUUUUGGGCCAAUUUGAUCCCUAUAAUGUUUUUCACAAUCAUCUGCUUUGUUACUAAGAAUGACAUUCAGAUACUAAUAGCACAGAUCCUCAGCUCAGCAUACGCAUUGCUUAUGAUGGCUGUUCUUGUAGGUACUGCUAUACAGCUUACUGAAGACGGUAUCGGAUCUCCAUCGGCGAUAUUUUUGAUUGCAUUAGUGUCAAGUUUUUUCAUCUCAGCUAUAUGUCACCCGCAGGAAUUUUCUUGUAUAAUGUCUGGUGUUCUUUACUUUAUAAGUGUGCCUUCGAUGUAUCUGCUACUUAUCAUCUACUCUCUGGUAAACCUAAAUGUUGUAAGCUGGGGAACAAGAGAAGUUCAGACCAAUAUAAAGCAACUGUUAGAGCAAGAGCAAAAAGAAGAAGAAGAAAUUAAAAAUAAACAAAGCAAGGAAUCUGAAAUAUUUGGAUGGUUGGGUUUCGGUGGAAAUAAUAAAGAAGAAGAUGGUGGAAUAACUUGUAAUGUUGCUAACUUGUUUAAAUGUAUGUUUUGCAUCUACCCGAAGGCAAAUGAUGAAAAGCUGCAACUCAUUAGAGUCAGUGACCAACUUGAGAGCCUAUAUAAGAAAAUUGAAACUUUAGAACAUCGACUUGGAACAACAAUCGGCACAUCUUUCCAUAUGAAGUCCUCUAUUCGCCGUCAUUCACAAAAAACUCCCGAAAGCUUGCCCACUGUUGAAGAAGGUGAAGAUGAAAAGGAAAGAGUGGAAUAUACAAACCAAUUUGACGAAUCAAUCGAAGAACCAACUUUAAAAAGGGAUGACGAGAAAAAUCCAUAUUGGAUAGAAGACGAAUGUUUGGUUGGUAGUGAGUUGGUAUAUCUUGAGGAAGCAGAGUCCACUUUUUUCAAGGACUUAAUUGCCAAAUAUCUGAAGCCACUUCUAAAAAAUAAAGAACAAGAGGCUCGAGUAGCUACUGAACUGAAAGAGUUACGAAACAAAGUUGUGUUUGGCUUUCUUAUGACUAACGCCUUGUUCAUUCUCAUUGUGUUUUUGUUGCAGCUUAACAAAAAUCAGCUGCAUAUUAGGUGGCCUUUAGGGGUGAAAAGUAACGUUACGUACAUUCCAAGCACCAAAGAGAUCAAAAUCGAGAGCGAAUACUUAAAAUUAGAGCCAAUUGGUUUGGUAUUUGCCACUUUCUUUGCUACAAUUUUGAUUAUCCAGUUUAUUGGAAUGGGUUUCCACCGAUUUGCUACUUUUUCCCACAUUUUGGCAUCCAUUGAGCUGAAAUGUUGUAACCAGAAAGUCGAAGAUAUAAGUGAUGAUGCUUAUAUUGAUAAGCAUGCAGUUAAUAUAGCUAGACAACUGCAGAAACUGCGUGGCUUACAUGAUGACGAAGUUGCAGAAAAUACGAAGAAAGGAAGAAAGCGACUGGAAAGAAGAAAGACCAUUCAUAAUCUGGAGAAGAGGCGUUUUCAGAAGCCUGGGGUUGACUCUUUGGACAUGGCUUUCCAUACAAGGCUUUUCAGUAUUUCUGAGGAAAGUCCAGAUAAACCGAUUCUACAGAACCUUCGUUGUUUUAGCCGUCGUAAUACCCUAAAGGCAUUGGAGAACCGUAGAAAUACAGUGGUUGGCCGAAAAGCGAGGUUAAGCUCUGUCGGAGAUACAAUGCAGUUCAGCGAUAGUGGCAUUUCAGAUUCUAUGACUAUACAGAGAUUACUUCAUUCUCCUCGACGGUCAAUAGAAGGAAUAAGCAAUCACGCUUAUACACUCUAUAAUGACAACAGCGAGUCUGAUAUGCAGAUGAGUGUGUUGAAUGAAACAUUUUCAGAAAACAUUCAAGAUCACUUAAAACCCAUCACUGAUGUAUGAACAACCUUUUUCGUAAUGAAAAAAAAAAGGACCUGUGGAACUUUAUCAGAGCUAAAGGUUUACAAAUUCAUGUGCAAUUCGUACUCUUAACAAGUAUUUUAAUAGCAUAUGGUACAGAAAAAAAAAUUAUCGGGAAGAAAAUCAUCAAAAUGUUAAACUCUGUUAUAUCAAAAUAAUCAGAGUAUAACGAUUUUUAAUAAUUAGUCUCUUAUCAAGUAUUCUAAUAUAUGUGCUGUACAGAAAACGCUAUCAGGAAGGAAUUAAUCCAAAUAUUAAGCAAGUUUUAUAAAAUUAAUCUGAGUGCAAGGAUUUGAAAUAAUUAGUUAUAUUUCUCUUUUGGGAUUGUUUAACCAAACAGUAUUCUUGAAUACAUUAAUGUGAUUUUUAUAAAUUUCCUCAGAAUUUGAUUUGUUUUUAAAAACAGUGCUUCACCUAACAAUCCAAGUUAUAUCUUUAAAAUAAUGAUUUAAUAUUUAAAUUUAAGCAUAUUUUUUUACAUAUUCAUGCAGGUUAACUCGAAGGUAAUUUAUAUUUUAUUGUGAACAAAAUAAAUUCUCAUUUACCAUCUAUUCAUCAAGUAUAAAAUAGGUCCUUAUACUAUUUAAUUGCAGUCUGUGCAAACAAUCGCCGGUAAUCGAAUACGCCUACCUGGCUUGGAUUAAUGUUACAUCACCCAUGAGUUAAACAGAAAUUAGAAACUAUACAAAACUCAGUCCUCACUACAGCAUAUAAUGUUCCAUGCACAACAAGUUCAGUUUUCCUACACAAUUAUGUGAACUUACAGCCACUCUACGACAGACUACUGAAUAGAUCGGUCACCUAUUUUCGGAAAAACUUAAAAAUGAAUUAGUACGUUCACUACAUUAUACAUGAUAGAAAUGAGCCUAAGUUCCUCUCCCUAUCAAUAUGUACAAUAAGUAUAGCAAUCAGCCACUUACUGUUAGACUUACUUAACCAUAUCAUUUGUAUGAUGUAUUCAUGUAUUAUUAGGGUAUUAAUGUUAAAUACAUACUAAAUGUAUUGCCAAAUGAACAAGCAUUGGAAUAUAUGGGACUAUUUGUAUAAUGUAAGAUUUUUACAUUCCAAAUGAAGCAAAGUGUGUACCAGUGCAAAUUCUGAACGUUGAACAAAAAUGAACGUGGCUCUGAUAGGGGUAGUGUAAUUAUAAUAGUGAUUUUACACAAAUACAGAACCUUCAGUUAUGUGAUGUUUAGCAUUAAACAGAUUUCUUAAUUUAACAGUGACGACCUAAACGAAUCACAGUAACAUCAGUAUCGGAGGGGGGAAGAAGUCUACAUUGGACCUGACCCUCCCAGAUCCAGAUCAAAACCUAUUAUUACCUAACAUGGUAUAUUAUUAAUGCAAAUAUUGAUUAACUUUAUCAAAUAAUUACUUUCACCUGAAAUAAAGAAACAUGAUAUACAUUCCAUUUUCGAUUGGCAGUGUAAUUACUUUAUGAAACGUCAAUUUCUGCAUUAAAUAAACAAGAUAUCUAUUUUCAAUCUUAAAUAAUGGCAUUUUUUAACAUAAACUGUCUUCAAAUUUCUUCUUCGUGUACUUUCAAUGAUUCUUUCAUGUCAGAUCAACAUAUGUCCUAAUUCGCUUUCAGAAAAAUAAGUAAUUUACAUUCAGUAGUUUUCCAUAGCAUAAUUGCCAUGAGGAUGGAUCAUUUCACGUAUAACUAAUUCUUCGUGAUCAAAUGUGUAUGUAUAUAUUUUUAUUAUAGGCAUACUUUAUUUCCUUUAGUUUUUUACUGAUUCAGACCUUCGUUAUAAACUGCUUUGUUUUUCUUUCUGUCACUAUUUAUCGUUUCUGAAAAAUAUCCUAAAACUUUUUUAGUAGGGAGUAUCUAACUGGUGAAAAUCUUCAGUGUUUUCCAGGGCUAACUUCAUAACUUGGUUAUAUUUUCUGUUAAUAUAUGCUUCAGGCAUAAUAUUUGGUUUAUUUUAAUCUCUACUUCUUAAAUAAACCGUUGAUGGUCUGAUGGUAUAAUAACAGUUUCAAAUAUUGUUUGGUAUUAAUUAGUAUUUGGAAAUUUCACAUUAUUAUUUAUCUGCGACCCAUUUUCAAUCCGAUAUAUUGAAGAAGUUUUGUUAACUUACUAAAUGUCUACACAAGAUUAUUUAUAACUGGUUAAUCAAAAUUCAAGACCCUUUUUUGUUUGUUAACUGUCUUCAGACAUUGACCUUUUCUCAUUUUAUAAAUGUUUGUUUGUUAAGCGCAAAGAAACACAAUGGGCUAUUUGUGAUCUGCCCACUUCGGGUGAUAAUUUUUAGCGUAAUAAUUCCUGAGGCCUACCGAUGAGCCACCGAAGACAUUUUCCAACAAAUAACAACCUAAAUAUUCUUAGAUUUGAUCAAAAAUAAAAAUCGUUGUUUUCCAUUGCUUAUAUCAAAACUAAAAAUACAUGUCCUUCACAGAUAAAUGUUACUAAAGAAGGAAUAUCGUUGAUACUUAGUGUUUUUGUUGUUGUUGUUUUCAACAAAUAUAUAUAACUAUAAUACAAGUUUUAUACUUAAGGAGAUAUAGAUUUAUUUGAUUAUUUGUGUCAGUCAGUAGCUGAAAAUAUGCUUAGGUAUCAUUUAUACAUAAUACGUUUUAUUUCAAGAGUCAUAUAUGUGUUAGAUAUCUAAGAGUAUUGUCAAGUUUGUAGUUUUGUUGCUUUAUAUUAUAUACAAAAUAUGUUAUUUGAAUUUUCAUCCUUUUAAAAUGAGUUCGUUUUCAACUCCCCCCCCCCCAAAGGCACAGAUGCAUGUCAACGGACUUACAACGCUAGAAACCAAGUUUCGAUACCCGUGGUGGGCAGAGCACAGAUAGCCCAUUGUGUAGCGUUGUGCUUAACUACAAACAAACAAACAAUCGUUUUAACCACCUUAUCAAAACAUUAAAAAUAGCAUGUAUAUCUUAUCAGAACGGUAAAAAGGUUAUACUUGACACGGAUAAAAAUCAAGAUAAUUAUAUUUGUCGAAGCUCAAAAAAAUAGCGUGAAAUUUAUCUUGUAUCAGUUACAUAAUGCAAAAGAAUUUAUUUAAUCACAUGCAUCCGAAUAUCUUAAUAAAGGGCAAAUACAGUGAGUUUUCUCUGUCUUGCACGCAUAUGGUUUAAUUUUUUCCUUACCCUAUUUUCCAUCACGAUUAAUUAGACCCAACUUGUUAUAAUUCUGAAACCAUCCAAACACACUUAAAUAUUAUAGCUGUCUAAUAAGUUUCCGUUUCAUAAAUAAUACAUUCAAACAUUAUUGAAAAAAACUAAUCGAUGGAGCAAAGAUUUAAUUCAUGAGCAUUGUGACAAACCCUGACUGUAAAAAUAUAGUUUAUACAAAUAAACGUAGUUCUACGUAAUCUUUAAAAGUAACUAUUACUUAACAAACACAAAAAUACGAAACGUUUUCGAAAGGUGGACCUUUCUUUUUCAGGGGCGACCUUCUUCAGUUAAUUAGUGAACCUCUUACCAUGUUAUAGAUAUAUUAUUGGGUGUUUUAGUCAGUCAGUUUUAUGUUGUGUCAUAGUUACUAGAGAAAACUUAAUAAACGAUCUUUUAGUUUUAUCUGUGAGUUAGGCUUAUCAACGAAUGUAGCCUGUAGAACUUGUGUGUUACAAGCGAAUGAAUAAAUAACUCGUUAGAAAUAAA